UCAUUUCAUCAUCUUCUGGUCCUCUUCACAGCAAUGGACGCUGUUACCGAUUUGAAGAGACAGAGAGAAGAGGAUGAUAACGCCGCGGCAGCUAAGCCUGCUUGUUUCUCAUCUGUGAUUCCUGGGUGGUUCUCCGAGAUGAGUCCCAUGUGGCCAGGUGAUGCACACUCUUUGAAGGUUGAGAAAGUUUUGUUUCAAGGCAAAUCAGAUUACCAGGAUGUCAUUGUUUUCCAGUCUGCGACAUAUGGGAAAGUGUUGGUUCUGGAUGGAGUAAUCCAACUUACGGAGAGAGACGAAUGCGCCUAUCAGGAAAUGAUCACCCAUCUUCCUUUGUGCUCUAUUCCUAACCCAAAGAAGUGGGGUUAUUGGAUUUAUGCUCUGUUCAACAGAGGGACCUCAUGUUGACUUCAGAGUCCCAGUGAACCCACUUGAUGACAGCUCCAGCAAAUCAAAUGGACCCUUGCUAAUUGAAAUAUAAAUUUUAUUUGAAGUUCAUCUUUGAAAAGUAAACAUCUGAAGCUAUAGAAUGUGCAAGAAUUGAGAAGGGUGUGAAAGGUCAUUAUUAAGAUUAUUAAGACAAUGUACAAGGUGAAUGUUAUUUAACACCCUAUUUAACACUUUUUAACUCUUUACAUCAUAUUUUAUUCUUUUUCAUAUUUUAAUUCAACAUACAUUCAAAUUUUAUAUUUACAAUAGUUUUGUUUAAUAAAAUUCAACGCGUUAUUUCAAUAUUUUAUGUAAUAUCGUUAUUUUAUGUUUGUUUUGUAAAAGAUAACUAGAUUUUGAC